CCCACAGUAAAAGCUACCCAAAAAGCUGAAAUGAGAACUGUUCCCAACUCUUUCAGUCCCUCAAGUUCCCUGGCCCCUGGUGCUUCUUCAUUGAGCUCUGUGCAACGCUCUCCAUGGCACUCUCCGGUUCCUUACCUCUUCGGAGGGCUCGCUGCCAUGCUGGGCCUCAUAGCCUUUGCUCUUUUGAUCUUGGCUUGUUCUUACUGGAAACUUUCUGGUUUCUUGCAAAGCGAAGAAGGGUCCGAGCGAGACCUGGAGAGCGGCGAUGUCCAGAAACAGAGUGACUCUGCCAACAACGAAACCGUCACCGUCUUCGAGGAGAAGAUUCUGGUCAUCAUGGCUGGAGAUGAGAAUCCCACAUUCUUGGCCACCCCUGUCUGCUCUAAGGCUUCAUCUCUGGGAGAUGGAAUUUGCAAGGUUGGUGUCGACGCUCAAGAGAGAUCUGAGAAACAGGAGAAGGAGACGGAGUGCGAAAAUCAACAAGGUAACCAAGACGAGCAACGACAAAACCAGCAAUGAAGACAAGUUUCCUGCCUCCUCCUUUUGGUCUUGUUUGUUUUAGAUCUUAGAUUUGAGCGCGAGGGAGUGUGAGAAAUUGAGAAUCACAUUUGUCUUCAUUAUUUGUGACCAUUUUUACUUCUCCUUGUUUUUAUUUUGCCCGUUUUCUGGGUUUUGGGCCAUCGACCUUAUUGGUCUUCCAUGAUUCGGGAAGUGUAAAUUCUAGUCGAGAAGAACUUAUAAAUGACGAGCCAUGUUUCACUCAGAGGACAGCCAGAUGGCAGUACUAGAAUAUAUAAGGCGUCAUCACUUGUGUUAGUUUCUUCACAUAUUGCAGAACUUAUUUCUGAUUUUGAGAUUCUCAUUGUGAAGGAGGAAGAAGGAGUUAGGAAGUUACGAGUCUGGGAAACUUUCACAGCGUUUGAAAUAAAAUGAGAGCAGAGAGUGAAAAUGUGGGCGACACGUGUGAGAUAUGGAUUGUAUUGGAGGAGCACCGCAGGGAUUAGCUGAGGCCUUGAGGAGUUGAUGGGAUGAAUUCACGAGAGUAAUAGACAGGACGGCUGCGGAAGGCCGCGUCGCUUUUACUGUUGACUUUGCAUGCGCUGACCAUUAACUACAGCCAGUAAUGUGCAUCUUUGGAGGUU